AUGCUGCUUAUUUUACAUAAAAAAACUCACGCAAGGGAGAAAUUGCAUGGUUUCAGUAGCCGCAGUGACCUUAUUUCUCAUGAGAGAAUCCACACUGGGAAGAAGUCAUACAAAUGCCUGGAGUGUGGAAUGAGCUUCAGUAGAAGCCCCGCCCUUGCUUCCCAUCAAAGGAUCCACUAUGGGGAAAAGCCAUACCGGUCAUAUAAAUGCCUGGAGUGUGGAAAGAGCUUCAGUCAGAGCAGCCACCUUACUUGCCAUCAAAGGAUCCACACAGGGGAGAAACCAUAUCAAUGUUUGGAAUGUGGAAUGAGUUUUAAUCAGAACAGUGCCCUCACUUGCCAUAAAAGGAUGCACACGGGAGAGAAACCAUAUCAAUGUGUAGAAUGUGGGAAGAGCUUCCGCAGGGGCAGUAACCUGAGGGUACAUAAAAUGAUCCAUACAGGGGAGAUGCCAUAUAAAUGCUCAGAAUGUGGGAAAUGUUUCAGUUGUGGAGGUACCCUGAUGAGACAUAAAAUGAUUCACACAGGGAAAAAAGCCUAUAAAUGUAUGGAGUGUGAAAAGAGCUUUACUUGGAGCAGUCACCUUACUUCCCAUCAAAGGACCCAUACAGGAGAGAAACCGUACAAGUGCAUGGCAUGUGGAAAGACUUUUACCCAAAACAGUAAUCUUACUUCCCAUAAAAGGAUCCAUACCGGAGAGAAACCAUAUAAAUGCAUGGAAUGUGGAAAGAGCUUCCGCACGCGCAGUAAUGUUAUGGCCCACAAACUGAUCCAUACAAAGGAGAAGCCACAUAAAUGCCUGGAAUGUGAUAAAAGUUUCAAGCAUGGCAGUAGCCUUGUUAGACAUAAGGUUAGUCACAUGGGGGAAAAGUAUGACUGCAGAGAACAAGGAAAGAGCAGUGCACUUACUUCUCAUAUAAGGAUCCAAAUGGGAGAAAGAGUAUAAACACUUUGAGCCCGAAAAGAUUUGUCACAGAAAACGGAUUAUUUUCUGUUAAAGAAUUCACACAGAGGAGAAAUCAUGGAAAUGGAUGCGCUAUGGAAAAAUCAAAACAGUGAACUUAUUUCA